AUGGGAGACCUCCAACCAGAAAUCCGUCUUGGCAACUCAUCAGGAUCGUCGUUGCCUAGCCUCCUCGAUGCAACGCUUGACCAACUUGCCGAGGGGCUGAAGAGUCGUCAGUUCACCAGUGUUGAGCUGACCAAAGCAUAUCUGGCACGCAUCGAGCAAGUAAACGAAGCAGUCCACGCCGUCGUCGAAACAAACCCCGACGCGCUCAACAUCGCCAAGAGUCUCGAUGAAGAGAGAGCUUCCGGCUCAAUUCGAGGCCCGCUUCAUGGAAUCCCAGUUCUGAUCAAGAACAACAUCGCCACCCAUGACAAGAUGGACACGACAGCCGGGUCACAGCUCCUCAUCGGCGCAACUGUCCCCCGAGACGCCUUGGUCGCGCAGAAACUUCGUGAAGCCGGAGCCAUCAUCCUGGGCAAGACCAACAUGUCCCAAUGGGCCAACUACCGCGCUCGCGACUAUAGUAUGAACGGCUGGUCAUCCCACGGAGGCCAAACACUCGCUGCAUAUCACAUCAACCAAUGUCCCUCUGGAAGUUCCAGCGGUAGCGGAGUAGCAGCUGACUUGGGUCUUGCGUGGGCGGCGCUGGGAACUGAGACGGAUGGAUCGAUUGUCUGUCCGGCAGAGAGGAGUGGCAUCGUGGGGAUCAAGCCUACGGUCGGUCUAACAUCCAGAGCUCUCGUCAUCCCAAUCUCAGAGCACCAAGACUCCGUCGGGCCCAUGGCAAGGACAGUCAAGGACGCAGCGUAUCUGCUACAGGCCAUCGUCGGAAAGGAUCCUCACGACAAGUACACGGCUGAAAUACCUCACAUACCAGAUUACGUCGCCGCAUGCAAAGACACCCUGUCAGGAGCCCGAAUAGGCGUCCCCUGGAAAGCCAUCGAGCAAAGCCUAGAAAAGGACGCGCACCUUGAUUCAGAAGUCCAAGUCUUUAGAGAGACGCUCGCCAUCCUAGAAGCCGCCGGCGCAACCAUUGUCGAGGCCAACUACGAUUCAUCGAUAAAGGACAUCCGUGAUGCCGAAAAGGUGAUUAUGAGGGCGGACUUCUUCGCCAAUGUGGCGUCGUAUCUGGCGCAAUUGACAUCAAACCCAAGUGACAUCCACACUCUCGCCGACAUACGCGAGCAGACGCAGAAACACCCCCUGGAGACGUAUCCUCAGCGUGACACGGGCAUCUGGGACGACAUCCUGUUUGAGCAGAAGUGGGACAAUACCGACCCUCAGUUCCAGCAGGUGUAUGAGCGUCUUCAGGAGCUCGGUGGUCCUGGCGGUCUUCCGGGGGUCCUGGAACGGCAUAAUCUUUCCGCAGUAGUGAUGCCCACGAGCAUGGCUCCGAUGUGGGCUGCCGUGAUCGGUGCCCCGGCCAUAACGGUGCCGAUGGGCCAUCACUCGGAGACGGAACCGGUGCACGAGGACGGCGAGUUGGUGGAGACGGGGCCGGGAGUGCCUUUUGGGCUGAGCUUCCUAGGGGCCAAGUGGUCUGAGGAGACCCUGAUUGGAUUGGCCUUUGGGUUUGAAGAGAGAACCAAGGUGCGAGGCCGUCCGGUGAAGAGAGUGGUUGUGCCGACGGCAGAGAUAUGACUAGGCAUAUAAAAGAAGUGAUUUAUAGAAUUCGGACAGUUGUUU